AUGAAAUCCCCAUUAUCUUUAUUUUGGCUCCCAUUCUGCAUUCUGGAGAAGCACCACCGCGUUGCAAGUCAAUAUCUUUCUGAAAAGACAGUGUGUUGUAAAUUGCCUAGACAGCAUAUGCACGGUUACUCGGGCUGCAUUGCCGCUGCUGCAGAGCCUGGGUAGGCUUCCUUCCUGGGAACUCCACAGAUAUGUGUCACAAAGAUGUCUACACGGAACUGCCCGGGAAUGGACUCAGUGAUCAAACCCCUGGACACAAUUCCUGAGGACAAGAAAGUCCGAGUUCAGAGGACACAGAGCACUUUCGACCCAUUUGAGAAACCUGCCACUCAAGUAAAGAGGGUGCAUUCUGAGAACAAUGCUUGCAUUAAUUUCAAGUCUUCUUCCAGUGGGAAGGAAUCUCCUAAAGCUCGCCGGCAUUCUAGCCCCAGCUCGCCCACAAGUCCCAAAUUUGGAAAAGCUGACUCUUAUGAAAAACUGGAGAAGUUGGGAGAAGGGUCUUAUGCCACUGUGUACAAAGGAAAAAGCAAGGUAAAUGGAAAACUAGUGGCUCUGAAGGUGAUUCGACUCCAAGAGGAAGAAGGCACUCCCUUCACAGCAAUCCGGGAAGCCUCUCUGUUAAAAGGACUAAAGCACGCUAAUAUAGUAUUACUUCAUGACAUCAUCCACACCAAGGAGACAUUGACACUCGUGUUUGAAUAUGUGCACACUGAUUUAUGUCAGUACAUGGACAAACACCCUGGAGGGCUUCAUCCAGACAAUGUGAAGUCUAAGAAAGUUUCUUGGGCAGCUGAGAGGUCAAGUGACUUAUCCACUAGUCGAAUUGCCCGUAUCUGUGAGAGGCAGGAGUUAACCCGAGGCUGGGUGACUCCAAAGGGAGUUGGCUGUAUCUUUGUUGAAAUGAUCCAAGGAGUUGCUGCUUUUCCAGGAAUGAAAGACAUUCAAGACCAACUUGAACGAAUAUUUCUGACCUACAUGGUAGACACAAUGCUCACUAUCCGCAGGAAAGAUGUAUAG